AUGCAAAACCACCAGCACAUAAUUGUGAGAAGCGUUGACAAGACAAAGGCAAGAGCAUGGACAAACAAGUCCGAAGACUCUCCGUCAUCUCAAUCAAGUUUCUGGAAAGACAAUGUUGACGGAAGUGAUCCAUCGAUCCAUUCAGCCAAGUAUGACAUUAUGUGCGAGAGUAGCACCGGCGAUCAUGCAUGCCACUUAGUAGAGCUGGGUACGUCGCACAGCGAGGGGAGUCUGAUAAGCAGACGGAUCGCCUCAUUGAUUCUCUAUGUCCUUUAUAGAGGUAAAAGCUUGGACAUAUUGGCGGAAGCUAUCCAUCCGUUCGACACCGAGCAUGAACUCCUGUGUCAUUCAUCAGGCAAUCGCGCGCGCCAUGGAGUAGAAUUGAAGGAAGCGAUCGGAAGCUACCCUUCAGGUUGCUCGGUGGAAUCUCAUCAAAGGCAUUACGUCCUCCGAUCGCUCAUCAGCUUGCCAGGUAGCUUCCGAAUCCAGGAGACUAACUCGCAGUUCGAAUUGAGAUUAAACCUCAUACGAGGCCAUGUCGCGUACAUCUUCGGGUAUAGACUGUUUUGA